AGGGAAACGACCGGCAAUGUGCAGUAGAGCCUCAGAACUACUAGUUUACGCUUCCCGGUAGAACAAGUGCACUAGUUCAACUGCUCCUCCAUUAGCAGUUGCUAUUGUUGUAAUAAGAUAAGCACUUGAUGUGAAACUGCGUUUCCGUGGUGGUCGUUUCAAUUACUAUUUUAAACGUCCUCCUUCACCUUCUCCGUGCCAUCGAGCGUUACAACUAACAACAACUCCAAAAGAUGAAAUCCAUGGCGCCUAUCGGAGACCCUGAUGGGGGCGGAAACAUGAAGUCUAUGGCCCCCAUCAGGGGUGGUAGCGGUGACCUGCAUAAAUCGAUGGCGCCCAUCACCAGAGCUGGAAGUGGCGACAUGCAAAAGUCGAUGGCUCCGAUAGAUAAGGCUAGCCGUUUAAUUUUUUAAUUGAAAGGAUCUAGAGGUAGGGGGCAGACCUCAGUAGAACUCAACACUUUGAGUGGAUCUAAAAUGCAGACUUCAGUAGAACUCAACACUUUGAGUGGAUCUAGAAUAAAGGACUACUCAACACUUAGAAAUAUAGCAGGUAAGUGCAACAGGUAUGAGUUAGAUUAUCUAGGAGUUGUACCACCACUACCACAACCAGCGCUAAAACAUGAGGAGGUGGAGCUAUGCAGAAGUCAAUGGCACCAAUAGGACAUGGGGGACAUAUGCAGAAGUCGAUGGCACCAAUACGUGCUGGAAGUGGAGAUGCGCUUCACAAAUCGAUGGCACCGGUCAAAAGUCCAACACAUGGAGGUGGGGCAAUGAAAUCGAUGGCGCCUUUGCCUGGCGGCGGUGGAAUGAAAUCGAUGGCACCUCUUUUAAGGCAGGGUAAUAAAGGUGUUCCUGGUUCCGUUUCUGUUGCCUCUCCUAACAAAUGGGAAACAAGAACACCAAAAGCCUCCUUCUAACUCUUCCUGGCGGCGGUGGGGGUGGGAUGAAAUCGAUGGCGCCAUUAGCUCCUGUUGAUGAGCAUCAGCCAGGAGGAGGACUUCUAGCUGGUGUAGGUGCUGGUCUCGCCUCUAUGUUUGGCGGCGGCGCAGGUGCCGGAACUGUCGAAGUAAAUGACAUAGGACAAUUAAGGGCUCACUUAGUCCAUCUUUUGGCUCAUCUGUAAGCCGUUUUAAAGUAGAAAAAUGGUAAUGGACACAUCAAAUGAGACAAAAAAGGGAUAAUUGUUAUUGUAGUGAGUUCUAAGAUAACCCGAUCUGUUCCAACAACAGCAGGUUGCUGCAGCGCAGCAGCAACUCUACGGAGCUUCGAGUUAAGGAAUGGAUUGUCGCCUAGAAAUUUGAUUGACAAGAUCUGAAUAUUGUCAAAAUAGAUGCUGGCACCACUAGCACUUCUUCUACCAUCUAGGUCUACACCACGACCGCGGCCUCCUCUAAUACUCUUCCUCCUCUUCCGCAGCUGGACUACUCGGUUCUCACGUGCCUCAUUACGCAAGGCAAGAUGCGGAAAUCCAACAACUAUGCGACCUCUACCAGCAACAAUUGGUCGAACUAAACGCUUGCCACACACUCCUACUGUCCGACCAAGAACGCCUUUCACAGAUGCUGCUGCCGUACUUUUUUAAUUUAUUCCUUGUCCUUAGUAUUAGUUGGUCGAAAAUAAAAGCUAGUCCUCUCAUCAUUAUUGCUAAGAGGUCUAGGUGGCCUUCGUCUUGGUCGUCUUUCUGAAUGUGCAUAAUAAAUGCCUGACGCUCGUGGGGCAGGGGCAUCUUUCCACUUAUUGAGUUUCUGCACAAGCUGCAACGAGUAAUUGACGCAAUUUCGCCUACUAUUGCAAGCUACAACGAGUAAUCGACGCAAUUUCGCCUACUAUUGCUACUCUACAGGUACGUAAACGCAUCUGGACAGCUCGUGAUGGAAGCCGCAGACCCCGCGAUAUUGAUGUUCAAAGACGGCUUAGAGCUUCGAUUGGCAGAGUUUAAGGAAGACUGCAAGCGGAUCCAACAACUUGAGCGUCGAUUGCAGGCCAAGAUUGAUUCGGCGGUGGCAGAGUAUGAGCACACAGUCCAGGACGUCUCCAACGUGGCUGAUGGUCGAAUAUUGAAGCGGCUACGAGAGCAACAAAGACUCAUCGAUUUGCAGCAAGCGGAAAUUUAAGGAUGUGUCUUGACAGGACAUGAUCAUAGUACAUGAUAGUACCACUCCUCAGUCCUCUGUCCUCAGGGAAACAAACAAUAUGAUCUACUUGAAAUAUAUUUGACUUCAUCUUCGUAUUCUAAAUCACAAUUUGCGUAGUCGAAUUUACUAGUACUUCCUUGUUGUAGUUGUACUCAACAGUCGCAUGAGCUCCCGGGCUCCUAGUUCGUUCUUGCAGUUCUUCCAGCACAAGCGCGUUUUCCUGUUCUAAGCCACAGACGAAAUAAGGCAUGAGAAGAAUUGCCUGCAGGCGGAGACGCAGCGACUCCGAGAACUGACGAAAUUCGGACACUACACAGACGCCAUCGACAGUGCGAAGAUGAACAAGAAAUUCGCAGGUGGAGUCAAUGCUUAAGACUAAAAGUAAAACUAAUGUUGAGUUAUAAUAACAUGCAUUUUUCCAUCUCCGGAAUUAUGAUGCAGCUCUACAGGGAAAAUCCGUAUCAUGAAUCCAAAUCAAAUCCGACCGCAACGGAUUUCCUUCUAAUACCCAAGAGAAGCUUCCAGCGGCCUCUUAGGUGGUCGUGAUGAAGAUUUGCCGAAGUAUCCCUCCGCACACCUGGCAUUUCAUGGAAAAAUUCCCCAUAACGAGACGCCUUGGGCUAAACGUGCGGAUCCAGGUCCUGGGGUUCUUCUGCCAGACUCGUUUCCUCGAGACUCGUAAGACGCUACGGCUGUGCGUUUACUUCUUUGCCUGUCUUCUUCCCCUUGUUUUGUAAUUCCAAGAACAUGUUCAACAUUUGGUGACAACAUAUCAUACAUUUACAUUUAGUACAUCAAGUUAGUGGUCAACAU